AUGGGGGAUAACCAGGAGGGAGAGAGGGUGAAGGAGGGUCUGGCACCACAGGAGGAGGGGAAGAUGGAGGGCAAAAACGAGCAAAGUGAAGCAAAGAAGGAGCAGGAGGAAGAGGCGGAGAAAUCGGUACAGGAUAACAAGGUUGAGAGUGAAGAGGUGGAACAAGCUGAGGACAAUGCUGAGGGCAAGAAGGAUGAAGCAAAUGCCAAGGGGGAGGGAGAGAAAACAGAUGUGGCGGAAAAAGAGGAGGAAACAAAAGAGAGCAAGGAGGACAAUAAGGAGGGAGAAGGCAUAGAAAAUGAGAAGGGGGCCAAGGGCAUCGAGGAGGAGAAGCAAGACAAGGAGAAGGAAGAGGAGCAAGAAGUGAAGGAAGAAAGAGUGGCCGCGGAAGAGACGGAGCAGAAAGAAGGGCAGCCAAAAGUGGGAGAGGAAGAGAAGCCAGCAGAGGAAGAGAAAGCAGCAGAGGAAGGGAAGCUGGCAGAGGAAGAGAAAGCAGCAGAGGAAGGGAAGCUGGCAGAGGAAGAGAAGCCGACAGAGGAAGAGAAAGCAGCAGAGGAAGGGAAGCCGGCAGAGGGAGAGAAAGUGGGAGAGGAAGAGAAGCCGACAGAGGAAGAGAAAGAGGGAGGGGAAGAGAAAGUGGGAGAGGAAGAGAAGCUAGCAGAGGAAGAGAAGCCGACAGAGGAAGAGAAAGCAGCAGAGGAAGGGAAGCCGACAGAGGAAGAGAAGCCGGCAGAGGGAGAGAAAGUGGGAGAGGAAGAGAAAGCAGCAGAGGAAGAGAAAGCAGCAGAGGAAGAGAAGCCAGCAGAGGAAGAGAAGCUGGCAGAGGGAGAGAAAGUGGGAGAGGAAGAGAAGCCAGCAGAGGAAGAGAAAGCAGCAGAGGAAGGGAAGCCGACAGAGGAAGAGAAGCCGGCAGAGGGAGAGAAAGUGGGAGAGGAAGAGAAAGCAGCAGAGGAAGAGAAAGCAGCAGAGGAAGAGAAGCCAGCAGAGGAAGAGAAGCUGGCAGAGGGAGAGAAACCAGCAGAGGGAGAAAAAGUGGGAGAGGAAGAGAAGCCGACAGAGGAAGAGAAGCCGGCAGAGGGAGAAAAAGUGGGAGAGGAAGAGAAAGUGGGAGAGGAAGAGAAGCCAGCAGAGGGAGAAAAAGUGGGAGAGGAAGAGAAGCCGACAGAGGAAGAGAAGCCGGCAGAGGGAGAAAAAGUGGGAGAGGAAGAGAAGCCGGCAGAGGAAGAAAAAGUGGGAGAGGAAGAGAAGCCGGCAGAGGAAGAGAAAGUAGGAGAGGAAGAGAAGCCGGCAGAGGAAGAAAAAGUGGGAGAGGAAGAGAAGCCGACAGAGGAAGAGAAGCCGGCAGAGGGAGAAAAAAAAGUAGGAGAGGAAGAGAAGCCGGCAGAGGAAGAGAAAGUAGGAGAGGAAGAGAAGCUGGCAGAGGAAGAGAAAGUAGGAGAGGAAGAGAAGCCGGCAGAGGAAGAAAAAGUGGGAGAGGAAGAGAAGCCGGCAGAGGAAGAGAAAGUAGGAGAGGAAGAGAAGCCGGCAGAGGAAGAGAAGCCGGCAGAGGGAGAAAAAGUGGGAGAGGAAGAAAAGCCGGCAGAGGAAGAGAAGCUGACAGAGGAAGAGAAGCCAGCAGAGGAAGAGAAAGUGGGAGAAGAGAAGCCGGCAGAGGAAGAGAAAGCGGCAGAGGAAGAAAUGCUGAUGGAGGAAGAGAAAGUAGGAGAGGAAGAGAAGCCGGCAGAGGAAGAGAAAGUGGGAGAGGAAGAGAAGCCGGCAGAGGAAGAGAAGCUGGCAGAGGAAGAGAAAAAAGUGGGAGAGGAAGAGAAGCUGGCAGAGGAAGAGCAGCUGGCAGAAGGAGAGAAAGUGGGAGAGGAAGAACAGCUGCCAGGGGCAAAGAAAGUGUCAAAGGAAGAGAAACUGGGUGAAGAAGAGAAGCCAGCAGAGGAAGAGAAAGUGGCAGAAGAAGAGCAGCCAGCAGAAGGAGAGAAAGUGGCAGAGGAAGAGAAAGCAGCAGAGGAAGAGAAGCUGGCAGAGGAAGAGAAGCCGGCAGAAGAAUGGAAAGUGGGAGGGGAAGAGAAGCCGGCACAGGAAGAGAAGCCAGCAGAGGAAGACAGACCAGCAGAGGAAGAGAAAGUGGCAGAGGAAGAGAAGCCGGCAGAAGGAGAGCAGCCGGUAGAGGGAGAGAAGCUGGCAGAGGAAGAGCAGCUGGCAGAAGAAUGGAAAGUGGGAGGGGAAGAGAAGCCGGCAGAGGAAGAGAAGCCAGCAGAGGAAGAGAGACCAGCAGAGGAAGAGAAAGCGGCAGAGGAAGAGAAGCCGGCAGAGGAAGAGAGGCCAGCAGAGGAAGAGAAAGCAGCAGAGGAAGAGAAGCCUGUGGAGGAAGAGAAGCCGGUUGAGGAAGAGAAGCCGGCAGAGGAGGAGAGGGUGGGCGAGGAAGAGAAGGUGGCAGAGGAAGCAAUGCCGGCAGAGGAAGAGAAGCCGGCAGAGGAAGAGAAGCCAGCAGAGGAAGAGAAAGCGGGAGAGGGAGAGAAAGCAGGAGAGGAGGAGAAGCCGGCAGAGGAGGAGACACCAUUGGUGGAGAAGAGUGAAGAGGGGGAAGAAAAAGGCAAAGAUAAAGAGGGAGCAGAGAAACAUGAUAAAAUAGAGAUAGUGGACCAAGAAAAAGAAGAAAAGAUGGAGGAGAAAGGGCCAGAAGAUGAGGAGAAGGCUGUAGAGGAAACAGAGAAGGUAGAGCAGGAGGUGGAGGCAGCAGAAGAAGAAAUAGCAACGGAGGAAGAGAAAGCAGUGGAAGAAGAAGAAAAGCCAGCAGAGGAAGUGGGAGAGGAGGAGAAGCCAGCAGAGGAAGUGGGAGAGGAGGAGAAGCCAGCAGAGGAAGUGGGAGAGGAAGAGAAGCCAGCAGAGGAAGUGGGAGAGGAGGAGAAGCCAGCAGAGGAAGUGGGAGAGGAAGAGAAGCCAGCAGAGGAAGUGGGAGAGGAAGAGAAGCCAGCAGAGGAAGUGGGAGAGGAAGAAAAGCCAGCAGAGGAAGUGGGAGAGGAAGAGAAGCCAGCAGAGGAAGUGGGAGAGGAAGAGAAGCCAGCAGAGGAAGUGGGAGAGGAAGAGAAGCCAGCAGAGGAAGUGGGAGAGGAAGAAAAGCCAGCAGAGGAAGUGGGAGAGGAGGAGAAGCCAGCAGAGGAAGUGGGAGAGGAGGAGAAGCCAGCAGAGGAAGUGGGAAAGGAAGAGAAGCCAGCAGAGGAAGUGGGAGAGGAGGAGAAGCCAGCA